ACCAUGGUAACCGUCACUAAGUGACCUCCUUUCUUGAAGCAGACUGACUUCAGAUGAAAUGUCGUCAACUUGUCCUCCAGGUCAACAUGUGUUUUAUCUUUCUAUGCAGCCAUUAAACAGCCACUUUAUGACGACUUCUUUCAGAUAACAGAUCUGAUUAAUGAUUCACACUCAUGAGUCUCUCUGGGUGUUUCCUGUUCAAAGGUUCAUUCACUCUGAACGUUGUGUCGCAGUUAGUUUUCUCCGUGUGAACCUCCAGCUGAAGGGAGGGAAGAUGGCGACACAUAAACGGGUCCUGUUAGAAACUCUGGAGGAUUUGGGAGCUGAUGACUUUAACAAAUUCAAGUGGUUCCUGCAGGAGCCAGUCCUGGAAGGUUUCCCAGCAAUCAAGAAGUGUCAACUGGAGAAUGCAAACAGGACGGACACAGUGGAUCAGAUGGUGACAAAUUACGGGAUAAACACAAUGACAGUGACCAGAAUGGUUUUGGUGAACAUGAAUUUGCAUGGUCUAGUGGAGAAAUUACCAAACACCAUUGUAGAUCCUGCAGAGAUUCUUCACAAGUGCCAACGUAAACUCAAAUCCAACCUGAAGAAGAAGUUCCAGCGUGUGUUUGAGGGGAUUGCUAAAGCAGGAAACUCAAAACUGCUGCAAGAGAUCUACACAGAGAUCUACAUCAUGAUGGAACAAACAGGUGAAGUCAACAUGGAACAUGAGGUCAGACAGAUUGAAACAGCAUCCAGGAAACCAGACAGACCAGAAACAACAAUCAGACAUGAAGACAUCUUUAAAGCCUCACCUGGAAGAGAUGAACCAAACAGAACAGUGAUGACAAAGGGAGUGGCUGGCAUUGGGAAAACAGUCUUAACACAGAAGUUCACUCUGGACUGGGCUGAAGACAAAGCCAACCAGGACAUACAGUUCACAUUUCCAUUCACUUUCAGAGAGCUGAAUGUGCUGAAAGAGAAACAGUUCAGCUUGGUGGAACUUGUGCAUCACUUCUUCACUGAAACCAAAGAAGCAGGAAUCUGCAGGUUUCAAGACUUCCAGGUUGUGUUCAUCUUUGACGGUCUGGAUGAGUGUCGACUUCCUCUGGACUUCCACAACACUGAGAUCCUGACUGAUGUUACAGAGUCCACCUCAGUGGAUGUGCUGCUGACAAACCUCAUCAGGGGGAAACUGCUUCCCUCUGCUCGCCUCUGGAUAACCACAAGACCUGCAGCAGCCAAUCAGAUCCCUCCUGACUGUGUUGACAUGGUGACAGAGGUCAGAGGGUUCACUGACCCACAGAAGGACGAGUACUUCAAGAAGAGAUUCAGAGAUGAGGAGCAGGCCAGCAGAAUCAUCUCCCACAUCAAGACAUCACGAAGCCUCCACAUCAUGUGCCACAUCCCAGUCUUCUGCUGGAUCACUGCCACAGUUCUGGAGGUUCUGUUGAAGAUCAGAGAGGGAGGAGGGCUGCCCAAGACCCUGACUGAGAUGUACAUCCACUUCCUGGUGGUUCAGUCCAAAGUGAAGAACAUCAAGUACCAUGGAGGGGCUGAGACAGAUCCACACUGGAGUCCAGAGAGCAGGAAGAUGAUUGAAUCUCUGGGAAAACUGGCUUUUGAGCAGCUGCAGAAAGGAAACCUGAUCUUCUGUGAAUCAGACCUGACAGAGUGUGGCAUCGAUAUCAGAGCAGCCUCAGUGUACUCAGGAUGUUCACACAGAUCUUUAAAGGAGAGUGGACUAUACCACGUCCGGGUGUUCUGCUUCGUCCACCUGAGUGUUCAGGAGUUUCUGGCUGCUCUUCAUGUCCAUCUGACCUUCAUCAACUCUGGAGUCAAUCUGCUGUCAGAAGAACAAAGAACAUCAUUGUGGUCUGUGUUCAGAGGCAAAUCAACACGUUUCUACCGGAGUGCUGUGGACAAGUCCUUACAGAGUCCAAAUGGACACCUGGACUUGUUCCUGCGCUUCCUCCUGGGACUUUCACUGCAGACCAAUCAGACUCUCCUACGAGGUCUGCUGACACAGACAGGAAGUGACUCAAGAACCAAUCAGGAAACAGUCGAGUACAUCAGGAAGAAGAUUGAAGCGACUCCCUCUGCAGAGAGAAGCAUCAACCUGUUCCACUGUCUGAAUGAACUGCAUGAUCGUUUUCUAGUGGAGCAGAUCCAACAGUCCCUGAGUUCAGGAAGUCUCUCCACAGAGGAACUCUCUCCUGCUCAGUGGUCAGCUCUGGUCUUCAUCCUACUGUCAUCAGACAAAGAUCUGGACGUGUUUGACCUGAAGAAAUUCUCUGCUUCAGAGGAGGUUCUUCUGAGACUGCUGCCAGUGAUCAAAGCCUCCAAGAAAGCUCUACUGAGUGACUGUAACCUCUCAGAGAGAAGCUGUGAAGCUCUGUCCUCAGUUCUCAGCUCCCAGUCCUCUAGUCUGAAAGAUCUGGAUCUGAGUGACAACGGCCUGCAGGAUUCAGGAGUGAAGCUGCUGUCUGCUGGACUGGAGAGUCCACCCUGUACACUGGAAAGUCUCAGACUGAGUGACUGUAACCUCUCAGAGAGAAGCUGUGAAACUCUGUCCUCAGUUCUCAGCUCCCAGUCCUCUAGUCUGAAAGAUCUGGACCUGAGUAACAACGACCUGCAGGAUUCAGGAGUGAAGCUGCUGUCUGCUGGAUUGGAGAGUCCACACUGCACACUGGAAGGUCUCAGGUCAGAUUAUUACGAACCUGGCUCUAAGGCCAUGACAAACACAAAGGGGAGUUGUGGGUUGAAGGCCAAAUCAAAAUAAUUUAUUGUUUAACAAGUAAGUUUAAUCACGGUUGACUUAAACGAAACAAAAGAAACAAUGAGGUGUGUUGAUCAGUGAGUCAGUGGUGAAGGUGUGUGCUUGCAUGAGUGAAACAUGUAGGUGCGAGGUGUUGCAUGAGAUGAAAAGAAAGGAACCAAAAACCAUUCAGCAGCCUGGAGAGGAGGACAGAGCCUGUCAGAGAGAGAGACAGGUUAGUGGGGUGGAGUUUUAUCGUCUCCAUCACUGGAGCCCAGGUGUUUCAUCUACGAUCAGUUGGACCUGCUACAAUGGGAACACAUGUUCAGAUUAAUUAGGGAACCGUCACAAGAUGAAGACACAGUUUGUGUUCAUGUUUUAAAAUGAUUUGUCUCAGCUCCAUAUAAUUUAAACAGCCUCUGUCAUCAGAGUUAAUGAAUGUCUUCUGUCAGGAUUUCAAAUUUCACAGUA